UCACCGGAGCUGCCGCGAUGGAGCUGAUGGGGAACAUCUCGCAGCCUGUGUAUGGCCCCGGCCCCGAGGCACCGGGGAGCAGCACCCCGCGCCUGGUGGGGCUGGUCCAUGGAUUCCUGCGGAUGGUGCAGCCCAACGCCUUACCCAUAGACCUCAUCACAGGUUUGGGGCAGUCAGAGAAUGAGGAAACCACCGGGAAGCAAGUUGAGGAGCUGCUGCGGUACGAGCUGGGUUUCCUGGUCUGCACAGCCAUCGGGCUGCUCUUCACCCUCCUGGUGCCGCUGGUGGGAUGCUGCUUCUGCUGCUGCCGCUGCUGCGGGAACUGCGGGGGCCGCAUGUACCAGAAGCAGGGCCGGCGGAGGGGCUGCCGGCGCCGGGCGCUCUGGGCCUCGCUCCUGCUCACCUCCGCUCUCCUCUUGGCUGGGGAUGUUUGCGCCUUCAUCAGCAACACUCGCUUCUCCCAGGCUGUGUGCAGUACCUUCCCCAACGUCAACACCACCCUCAACAACGUCCACAUCUAUGUGGCUUCCAUCCCCCAGGCACGCCUGAACCCCCUUCCCUGGCUGGAAUGGUUGAUGGGGGGCAAGGGGCUGAAGGGGAGGACAGCAGCCCAAAUAGCCCCCCGAGGAAGGCUCCUCACUGAUAACCCGUCUCUGUUCCUGCAGCAAAUCAAUUAUAUCAUCGACAGCAGCGACGUGCCGCUGAGCCACGCCAACGGCAGCCUCCAGGACAUUGGGCUCAACCUGGGGGGCACGAUCAUGGCGAGUAUCAGGAGCGGCACAGACGGGGCUCUGGGAUCCCUCCAGGGCCUCUUGCAAGAGAUGAAGACACUGGGGGCUGCCUUCAGCAGCAUUGCCAGCACUCGCUCGCACCUGGAGGCUCUGCAGAGCAACUAUAGCGAGUGGCUGGCCAUGCUGCGGGAUGGGCUCAACCAGACCCUGCAGCGCUGCGGCCAGCCCUGCAGCAGCGUGUCCCUGCACAGCCUGGCCUUCAGCACCAACUUCAGCACGAUCCCCAGUGUGGAGCAGCAGCUGGAGGCACUGCGUGAUGUGUCGGACUCCAACAUAGCACUUGAUUUGGAGAGGGUCAAUGACACACUGAACACGAUCACUGACAAGGUGCAAGAGGGGUCCCAGGAUGUGGUGACAAAGACCCAGGAGGAGCUGGGCCUCAUCAGGCAGGAGAUCAGGAGCUUGAGGGAGCAGUUGCAGGACCAGCUGCCCCUCAGGGAUGUGGAGGAGAGUGUUGGGGCCUUCGUGGGCAAUGCCACAUCAAUGCUGAACGAGUACAGGGAACCGACCAUUGCCUUGGAUGGGCUCAGGUGGAGCGUGUGUGUCCUCCUGUGCUGCAUGGUGCUGCUGGUGGUCCUCUGCAAUGCUGUUGGCCUGGUGCUGGGGCCGCUGGGGCUGAAGGCAGACGUGCUGCCCACCCAGCGCAGCAGCCUCUCCAAUGCCGGCGGGAACUUCUUCAUGGCAGGGGUUGGCUUCAGCUUCAUCUUCUCCUGGGUGCUGAUGCUGCUGGUGGUGAUCACCUUCGUGCUGGGGGGGAACACCUACAUGCUUGUCUGUGAGUCCUGGCGCAGCCAGCAGCUCUUCCAGAUCCUGGACACCCCCGGCCUGGUCCCUGGCUUCAACCUGUCAGAGCUGCUGGGCCAGCAGGAUGGCACAACAAACUUCUCAGAGAUCUAUAGGCAGUGCCAGCGAGAUGCUUCCCUGUGGCAAACACUGCACUUGGACCAGAGCGUGUCCUUGGAUGAGCUCCUGAACAUCAGCCAGUACACAGGAGAGAUCUCCACAGCCUUCGAGAAGAUGCACAUCACCCUGGACCCCAUCUCCCUGCUCAGCCAGAGCCAGAGAGACUCGCUGACAAAUGCCAGCCGGGCCGGGCAGCCCCCCAACUUCACCCUCACCCUGGAGCAGCUGGAUCAGAGCGUGACACAGGGAAGCCUCCUGGAUCUCGCUGCACAGCUGGAGCAGCUGGGAGACACAGAGGGCUUGGAUGUGAAAGAGGACCUGAAGGCUGAUGCUCUCAAGUUGAGGGAGCUGGAUAAGGAGAUGCAGAUGAGCUUCUCUGGGGAGCUGCAAAGCCUGAAGGAGAACAUCCACUUGGUGCAGAGCAGGGCUUCCGAGCUCAAGGCACAGACAAACACUGCGCUGACCGAAGCCAGCAGAACCCAGGAGUUCCUGGAAAGUGAGACCGUGAACAUCAUUAAGAACGAGACGUGGGCCUUCUUGGAGGAGCUGUUGGACUUCUUUGAGACCUACAUCUCCUGGGCUAAGAGCGGGCUGAAGGAAGACGUGGCACGUUGCAAGACCAUAGCUCAGACCCUGGAUAACAUGGAGGCCAUCACCUGUGACUACAUCCUGGACUCUCUGAAUGCCUUCUGGUUCAGCCUGGGCUGGUGCACCUUCUUCCUGCUGCCCAGCAUCAUCCUGGCCGUCAGACUUGCCAAGUUCUACCGCCGCAUGAGCAUCACUGAUGUCUACAGGAAUGAAGCUGUGGAGAUGUAAGUAGCAGUGCCAGUGCCUGUGUGGGGUGGGGGGCAACUCCUGUGGCAUGAGGGGGGACAGGGCACAGAGGGGAACAGGUGAGUACAGGCCAAGGAGGGUGCUGGUAUCAGGGCAGGACUGGGAAGGUGGGACCUGUUCUGGGGUGCC